AUGGCAGGCGUAGAGUCUCCGAUCCAGCCAUCUUCAAAUGGCUCUCUCGCUCAAACGGCGUGCACAACGGCAAUGGCGAGCCCACCGAAAGAGAUAGAGUCCAUCUUCGACGACGACUUCGAUGAACGCGUCUCCCGCUUUGCCAGUGAGGGCGGCGGCGUGGUCUAUGUUGUCAAGAAGAAGGAUGAGCAAGAGUCCGAAGAUGCCCCGCCUACGUUCUCAUACAGGCUCACCCAGACCCUGACCUACGAUCCCUCUCACACCACCACUCUUGCUAUCAUCAAACGAGGCCCGCUCCUCGAUCCCACCUCUCCUUUGGCAACCCAGCUUCACAUUCUCAACCUCUUUGGCAGCGAUGAAACCCCCUACGAGAGCUUGCACGCCCUCAUCACUUGUGCCAUGAAACCAUAUUUUGAGGCUUUCGUCGGCUCUCGCGGUGGAGGCAAAGACGGUGGAGAUUCCAAGAUGGGCAUUCCUGUAGCGAAGAAGAAGUUUGCCGAGCUGGAGCUCUCCCUCCUGCAUCUGCAACAGAAUGUAGAGAUUCCCGAAACGCACCUCAUCAUCCAUCCCGUCAUCCAACGGGCAGUAGACCAAGCUCGCGCCUCGGGCUCAAGGCCAAACAUAUCCGACCUUCCCGUCAAGCUCCUCAACGACAGUACUUUUCUUAACACUCUUCAGAGUCAUGUCAACCAAUGGAUCAAGUCUAUCCAGACCGUCACCAAGCUUACUCGCGACGUCAGCUCCGGGACAGCUUCGCAGGAAAUCAACUUCUGGCUCAGCUUGGAGCGAGCUUUGGAGGGGAUCGAAGCGCAACUUCGUAGCGAGGAGAUUAACAUGGUAAUGGAUACGCUCCGCAAUGCAAAGCGUUUCCACGCUACUGUCAGUUUUAUCGCGGAUACCGGCCUGAAAGAUGCGACGGAUACAGUUCACAAAUACAACCAGCUCAUGAAGGACUUCCCUCUAAAUGAGCUCUUGUCGGCGACAGACCUCGACAAGAUCCAAGAGGCUGUGGUUUUGAUCUUUGGUCACAUCAACCGCAAGCUCAAGUUGUCCCCCUACCCUAUUCGUCGUGCUCUCCCGCUAGUGGAGGCCAUUUCCCGAGACUUCAACGACCAGCUACUCCGCAUUCUCACCUCCCAUCGCCUGCUCUACACUCCGUACGAGACCUUUGAGCGUUUGCUGUCGCAAACCAUGGCUAUCUUCCGGACAUGGGACGACCACAUGAAAGAGUUCUUCAACGUCGCUCGUGACGUGACGCGCAAGCGUCAUGAAAAGUUCAUUCCCAUCAAGGUUAUCCCCGCUCACGCGAAGCUCCAGGACCGGAUUCGUUAUCUCAGGGAUUGGCGGAAGCAGCAUGAGCAGCUCGCUGUGAUGACCGGGCCUACCAAGGGUCUAGGGAGCAUCGGCACUGAAAUUGGCGGUAUGGAUAUGGAGGCAGAGGUCAAGGAGGCCUACGAAGUCAUGAAGCGCAUAGAUGUGCUCGAUGUCUCAACUGAGGGGAGCGAAAUCUGGGUUGCUGCAGAGACCGCAUACAACGAGCGGGUUGCACGGGUAGAGAACCAAAUCAUCGCUCGGUUACGUGAUCGGCUCGGCACUGCACGCAACGCCAAUGAAAUGUUCCGCGUUUUCUCCAAGUACAACGCGCUCUUCGUCCGCCCCAAGAUUCGCGGUGCCAUUCAAGAGUACCAAACGCAGCUCAUUGACUCCGUCAAAGAGGAUAUCAAGCGGCUGCACGACAAGUUCAAAACGCAAUAUCGGUUCUCGGAAGCGUAUCAUAUGUCUCAAAUGCGCGACUUGCCACCGAUCUCUGGCGCCAUCAUAUGGGCGCGACAAAUCGACCGCCAACUGCAAACGUACAUGAAGCGUGUGGAGGACGUCCUGGGCAAGGGAUGGGAGCUGUACGCUGAGGGUCAAAAGCUCCAGUCGGAGUCAUCGGCCUUCAGGAAAAAGCUUGACGUUCGGCCCGUCUACGAGGCCUGGCUGCACGACAUCAACCGUCGCGACAUGGGUGUCGGCGGACGUCUUUUCGAGAUCGUCCGCUUGCGCGGUGGAGGGUUCCAGCUGGCCGUCAACUUCGACCCGCAGAUCAUCACUCUGUUCAAGGAGGUCCGGAACUUGCUUUGGCAGAACUUCCAAGUACCUCACGCGACCACGAACAUGGCCAAGGACGCAAAGCGUGUGUAUCCUCACGCCGUCACGCUGAUGGAGACCGUGCGGACCUACGGACAGACGCUUGACCUAGUCGAUCACAACAAGGGCAUCGAGUGGCUCGUCGCCGAGUACCGUAACGAGGCACAGCGUAUGGUGGCGAGAGGAAUGAACAUUCGAUGGGACUAUUUGGUUAACCAGUACGACACUGCCCGAUACGUAUCUUCCGACGGUGCCCGCGAUAGUCGACACAUCCAGUUCGUUAGGGAAUUUGCCAGUGUUGUGUCCGUCCUCCAGGACAAGACGAACAAUGUGAUCGAUCUCUAUAAGGAUAUUUCUCGUUCAGUAGAGGAUCUAUCAACAUGUCCCUACACUGCGGAUGCGUUCCGUGAACUACUAAGAAAGAUCCAGGCCGCCAUCGACCGACUAAAUUUGGAGGGUUAUGCCAACCUCGACCACUGGGUGGCCGAGCUCGACUCCAGGAUAGAGGGCAUCCUUCUCCAGCGCAUCACGCACAUCAUCCAGCUCUGGUGCCAUGAGUUUGAGCGUACGGACGACAAUGACCGGAGAGAGGCGCAACUGAGCACCAAGCGUCGUGACAAACGGGCAAAGGACGAAAAGUCUGCAGAAGGCCAACUGACGUUAACGCCCAUUGUGCACGAGAUCCGUAUCCAGAACCAAGUGAUUUUCCUGGAUCCGCCAAUUGAGCAUGCGCGCGCAACCUGGAUUCGCCAAUUGCACGAGCACCGUUUGUCGCCUGAGGCGAUACAGAGUUCGCGUUACGAGAUCGGCUUGCAGAUGCAGGGCCACACAGUGACAGAGCUCACGUACACCUCCCUGUUGUCCAAGUUCCCCGAUGCCACGCUCGAGAAGCCCUUCAUGUUGGUGGAACAGAAGGUGCAAUCCCUCAAGGAAUACGUCGCGAAGUGGCUUCAGUUCCAGUCGUUAUGGGACCUCGAGGCCGACUACGUCUUCAACCGGCUCGGGGACUCGCUCGCCAACUGGCAGCAGCUGCUCACCGAGAUCAAGAAGGCACGAUCCACAUUUGACACGUCCGAGACGCAGAAGUCGUUUGGGGUCUGCGUAAUCGACUACGAGCAGGUGCAGUCGCGGGUGAACGCCAAGUACGAUGCCUGGCAGCGCGACAUCCUCUCUCGGUUCGGUGUGAAGCUCGGGAACGAGAUGAAGGAAAUGCACGCACAGAUCCUCAAGGCGCGCAACGAGCUCGAGCACCAGUCGAUAGAGGGUCUCGUCGGGGCACCGCGCAGGUUCUAG